AUUAAGUUAUUACAAGAUGAGCCUGGCCCCAGUCACAGCCUGGGUAGCACGCCCUCCACCAGUGACGUCAACAUCAAACCAGCCAAUCAGGAGCAAGAUACAAGACUACUCACGCCCUCCACCAGUGACGUCAGCAUAAACCCAGCCAAUCAGGAGCAAGAUACAAGACUACUCACACCCAUCACCAGUGACGUCAGCAUCAAACCAGCCAAUCAGGAGCAAGAUACAAGACUACUCACGCCCCCCAUCCGUGACGUCAACAUCAAACCAGCCAAUCAGGAGCAAGAUACAAGACUACUCACGCCCCCCAUCAGUGACGUCAACACCAAGCCAGCCAAUCAGAAGCAAGAUACAAGACUACUCACGCCCCCCAUCAGUGACGUCAACACCAAACCAGCCAAUCAGAAGCAAGAUACAAGACUACUCACGCCCUCCAUCAGUGACGUCAACAUCAAACCAGCCAAUCAGGAGCAAGAUACAAGACUACUCACGCCCUCCAUCAGUGACGUCAACACCAAACCAGCCAAUCAGAAGCAAGAUACAAGACUACUCACGCCCCCCAUCAGUGACGUCAACACCAAACCAGCCAAUCAGAAGCAAGAUACAAGACUACUCACGCCCUCCAUCAGUGACGUCAACAUCAAACCAGCCAAUCAGGAGCAAGAUACAAGACUACUCACGCCCCCCAUCCGUGACGUCAACAUCAACCCAGCCAAUCAGAAGCAAGAUACAAGACUACUCAUACCUUCCAUCAGUGACGUCAACAUCAAACCAACCACUCAGGAGCACGAUACAAGACUACUCACACCCUCCAUCAGUGACGUCAGCAUCAACCCAGCCAAUCAGAAGCAAGAUACAGACUACUCAUACCUUCCAUCAGUGACGUCAACAUCAAACCAACCAAUCAGGAGCAAGAUACAAGACUACUCACACCCUCCAUCAGUGACGUCAGCAUCAACCCAGCCAAUCAGAAGCAAGAUACAAGACUACUCAUACCUUCCAUCAGUGACGUCAACAUCAAACCAACCACUCAGGAGCAAGAUACAAGACUACUCACACCCUCCAUCAGUGACGUCAACAACAAACCAGCCAAUCAGAAGCAAGAUACAAGACUACUCACACCCUCCAUCAGUGACGUCAACAACAAACCGGCCAAUCAGGAGCAAGAUACAAGACUACUCACAUCCUCCAUCAGUGACGUCAACAUCAAACCAGCCAAUCAGGAGCAAGAUACAAGACUACUCACGCCCUCCACCAGUGACGUCAGCACCGCGAGCAGUCACAUACCUGUAG